AUGGAAUCAGGGUCACCUGAAGAUGCCCGGGCAGGAUCUGAGGAUGACUAUGUGCAAGGGGAGAAUGGGACUUCUGUAGCAAAUGCUUCAAUUGAUCCUGCCCAAUCUUUACAUGGUAGCAAUCUUUCACUACCAACAGUACUACAGUUUGGGAAGACAAGGAAGCUAUCUGAGCGAGCUGACCCUAGAAAUCGGCAACUCCUGCAAAAGCGGCAGUUCUUCCAUUCGCACAGGGCACAGCCCAUGGAAUUGGAUCAAGUGUUCUCAGACCGUGAUAGUGAAGAUGAAGUUGACAAUGAUAUUGCUGACUUUGAGGAUAGAAGAAUGCUUGAUGAUUUUGUUGAUGUUACGAAAGAUGAGAAGCUUAUUAUGCAUAUGUGGAAUUCAUUUGUUCGAAAACAAAGGGCGCUAGCUGAUGGUCAUGUACCUUGGGCCUGCGAGGCAUUCUCCCAAUUUCAUGGACGGCGACUUGUGCAGAACCCUGCUCUACUGUGGGGCUGGCGUUUCUUCAUGAUCAAACUCUAG